AAAUCAGACGGAACUGGUCAUGAGAAUUAGACUUCUGCUUUUAAAGUUAACUUCAAUAAACCAUAUUGGUUAUCAAAUGUUCUUACUAGUGCUUUUAGUUCAUAUAUGUGUACUUUUAUGCCUAUCACCCCUCACCUGUUAUUCACCUCCGCCACAAUUUUCACUACCACCAACCUAGCGAGUAGAACUCAACAAAACAUAGCACGACACAAAAGAAAUUAACAUUUAUCACAUUAAUGAAAAUACAAAUAAAUGAUAUAGUGGUGUAAAAUACCGAUCUCGUGAUAACAUAUCUCUCUCUUGCAUAGUUGUAUGUUACUACUUUCAUACAACUUCACAAUAGAUAAACGCACAUAUAUACACAUGUAAUACAAGGAAUUGUAUUUCAGCUAUUUCGUUGAUAACAAUUAACAGUAAUAUACUCAUUUCAUAAUCUUUAUUUUCGUCAACAAAUAAAAAUAAAGUGAAUAUCGUGAGGACAAAACAAAAACAAAACACACUGAACAGUGACUAAAGCCAACUGGAAUAUUUUUUUUUCGCCAAAAAAACGAAAUACGCAUCGGAAAAACAAUUAUUUAUCUUUCUUGAAUUGAAAGAGAACUAAAAGAAAUUAGGCUUUUUAAAAAAAUAUAUACAUAGUGCGAGAGAGAAGAGAUUUAUGUACAUAGAUUUGUAAAGGAGUAAUGAUACAUUUUAAAAGGAGCUUUCCUUAUCUUUUCGUACUUUAUUUUCGUUGGUCUCGUUGAAUAUACCGUGUACAACAACCUUGAUAAUUUGAUUUUAAUUAUUUUCACUUUUUUGGACUGGUGAACAUUGCACAUAACAUAAAAAAGAUGAGGAAUAUUUAUAGUUGUGGAAAAGGAUACUAGAAACGCUGUGUCCUCCGCAGACUUUGAUCCGUUAUCAUUCACACUACUAAACUAUCCAGGUCAAAUUACGAAACGUAUUCAAAAUAACUCCAAAUCGGUUUCUCUUUUUAAAAAAUCUGAUUAGAACUCCUGACCUACGGAGUUAAACAAGCUACGGUUUCCUUAUUUCGAAGUAUAUUAAAACUGCAAUGAUAGUUGGUUAUCAAUGAUCAAUUGGAAUAUUUGUUAUGCAUUGAACAGUUUACAUCUAGAUCUACAUGAAACAAUUCACUUUUAUUCGAUGAUUAACAAUAAUACAACGGAUUAUUUAUAAAAGAAUACCAUUGAUGUAGAUUGAUUUCUGUUCUUGUAUAUAAUAAUAGAUUGAAACUAAUGACUGGAAGUGACUCAUCAAUGUGUGAUCUUGAAGUUAAAUCGUCAUUAUCAUUGACAAGUCACUUACAUGAAUAUCAACGAAAUCCAUUAUUUCACAUUAAUACCACUACUAUUACUACUAAUGCUACUACUACCAUUAAUAAUCAUAUUAACACAACUCCUAUUAAUAAUUAUCAACAACAAAAUGACACUGUGUAUGACAAUAAUAAUGAUAAUGAUGUGAAAAUCAAGUCAUCUAUGAAUGAUUGUAUUAGUGACAAUAAAAUAAAUGAUACACAUUCUACCACUGUUGUACACGAGAAGAAUGAAAAUCCUAGAAGAUCAAUACCUUUGACGAAUGCAUCAAGUUUAGAAGGCAGUAAUAAUAAUUUUCAAACAAUGUCUGGAAAUACAAUUCCAUUUCUACCAAUCUCCGCUACACAUGAUGGCCGUUAUGAAUGGCCACCUUCAAUGAGGCAUUCAUCAGCUAAUAAUGAUCGAUUCAUUCAAGGAAUUAACACAAACACUGAUACCAGGCAAGAAGAUUUCAGAAAUCAACUAAUAAGUAAUAACAGUAAUAAUUAUGACUUCAAAUCCGCACUUCCUACCAACAAUAUGGUAGAUGAUGAAAUUAAUCAAACGAACCAUCAUAAUUUGCCACCAUUUGCAAAUGAAAAGUUGUUGGAUUCUGUACGAUCUAAAAAUGUUAACAACACUAAUAGUAGUAACAAAGUGGAAUGUUCUUCUCCAGAUGCUAAUAUGGUUGCAGCCGUAGCAUUCAAUGCUGUCCGUAGAUGGUUUACUAAUCCAUCAACAUUAACUAAUUCAGAUAAUACAAUGAAAUCAGUAUGGAACGAAAACAUGAGAACAGGAAAUUCUGGUACAAAUUCAAUUGGUUUCAUGCAUCAAUCGAAUAUAUUACAUUAUGCAUCAUUAAAUUCUCGUUUACAACAUCCAUUGCCACCCCCACCAUUAGUUUUGAACUCAAAUGUUGGUAAUACAACCACACAAAAUUCAACAUACAAUAAUUAUGGAAUGUUUAUGCAUCGUGGACAUCAUAGUAGUGGAUACGUCCCAAAUCAUACAGCUCCAAUGUUACGUGGGGGUAAGAAACGUUCCCAUUCCCAAUCAUCUGUAAAUGAAUUAUUUGAUAUAUCAAGUUUAACAAGAAGUUCUCAAGGUUCAUUGAAUAUCAUGCAAUCUAUACGUGGUUCACAUAGUAUGGGACCAAGUGCUGAAGGUUCAUAUGGUCAUUUAUCUGCUGCUUCACUUGGUGCAAGUCCUGGCGCUUCAUGUGAUAUUCGUCGUACACUAAGCAGUAAUGGCAACUCUUCACAUACUGCUCCACCGGCUCCAUUUAGUGAGAGAUCACCAUUUUGGUCACCUAAUUCGCCACAUUCAACAGGUAGUGGGUUUGAUAACUAUCAAACGUCUUCACAUAAAUCUUUACCGUUACCGUCAACUUCACAAACAUGUCAACAACAUUCCGGAUAUACAUCUACAAGUGGUAGUAGUGGUAAUCGUUCAACUGGUUGUUUAAAUCGUGCACCUUUUGGACAUCUUGCGGUUUUAUCUUCAUCAAAUUCAUUAAAUAAACAAUUGCAACAACAAUCGGAUCCUAAUUCUCUGUUCAAUUGUUCAAUAGAUGUUCCGAAGAAACUGACAACUAAUUCUCCUAAUAUGAUAUUACCAUCAUGUAGAACAUUAGGAUUAUCUACCAACAGUGUUACAGCAUCUUCAUCAGAAAUAACAAAAAAUUGUACUAAUAAUGUUUUGCAGUCAGCAAUGGCCUUCGCUGCAGUUGCAGUCGCAGCUGCGGCAGCCUCUUCUACAACCUCUAGCAUAACAGAGAGAGAAAAUUCAUCUUUAUUGAAUAAACAUGUAUUGGAGAAUACUUUUCAUCGUGAAUGUAGAAAUCAUAGCUUGCAUCAGCAUCCAUCAAGUGAAUGUGGGUCCUGUUCAUCGACACUUACCAUUGGCAAUAACAAUAAUAAAGUAAAUGAAUCAAUCAAUUCUAUGUAUAAUAAUCUAGUUCCUUCAUGCUUUAUGAAACCAACUUCCUCUGUUACCAAUAAAAGUUCUGCUACUACUACUACUACUGACAAUGAUAAGAGUAGUACUAAUAAUCUCUCAACAGACAAUCGAAAUGUAUCUUUAAAUAAGUUACAGUGUUAUAAUAACGAUACCAAUGCUAAUGAUACUUGUAUGGAUGCAACUAAUAAUGAAAAUAUUCAACAAGGAGUAUUGAGAAAAACCAUACCCUCUACUCCAUCACAUUUUCAAUUAUCAUCUAAUUAUUCUUCUACAAUUUACAAUCAGUUAACUCAUAACAAUUUAAGUAAUAAAUCUACUACUGCUUUGAAUAAUGAUAACGAUGUCAAUAAUUGUAGUAAUAUGCCUUCAUCAUUUACAAAUCCUUUACAUUGGCCAUUUGAGUCAAUACCUACACCUGACUGGUCACAUACAUGGCUUAAUCAUAAUAACAAUAAUACUAAUAAUACUAUAAGAUGUCAAAACAAUUCAAAUGAAACAAUUCGAAGAAAUGGACGAGUGAAAAUUGGACAAAUCGAUUUAAAUUCAACGGUAUUAUCCAAAAGUGAAAUGUCCAAAUUAUUAAUGAAUGAAAAUACUACUAAUAAUCAUCAUCAUUUAUUUGGUAAAAGUAAUAAUCUUUUAUGUCCAACAUUAACAAAAGACUUAUUAAAACAACAUUGUGCAUUAAAUAACUCUAAUAAUAAUAGUUUAUCAAAUCAACAAUCUUCUCAAAGAAAACAAAUUGAUGGUACAUUGAAUCAAAUGCGUAGUAUUAAAAAUUUUAGUCGUACUUGUCGUACAACACCAGUAUUAGAAACAAUAACUCCAGGAAUAACCACAUCGAUAACAGAGACAUCAGUAGUUGCAUCAUCAUUAUCAACAACAGCUGCAACAUCAACUACUACAGGAGUAUUUAAACAAAAAACAAUUGAACAUUCACAUAAAUGGCAAAAUCAAAAUGUAUUUAAUAGUCGUAAGAAUUCAACACGUGAUUCUAGUAACAAUAAUAUUAAUAGUGGAGUUGGACAUUGUUCAGUUGAUGAACCAGAUGUAGAUGAAGAUGAAGAACUAGAUGAUGAUGGACGUGUACCACAAGAAGGUGAUCCAGAUUUUGUUGAAACAACAUGUCGAUGGGGUGAUUGUACAUUACAGUUUGAUGAUCAAGAUGAAUUAGUAAAACAUCUUAGUACUGAGCAUAUUGCAGGAAAUAAAAAAAGUUUCGUUUGUUUAUGGCGAGAAUGUGUUCGUGGAACUAGACCAUUCAAGGCUCAAUAUAUGCUUGUUGUACAUAUGCGUAGACAUACAGGUGAAAAACCACAUAAAUGUAUAUUUGAAGGUUGUACAAAGCGUUAUUCUCGUUUGGAAAAUUUAAAAACUCAUCUUCGAUCACAUACUGGAGAAAAACCUUAUCAAUGUGAAAUUCCCGGUUGUAAUAAAGCAUUUAGUAAUGCAUCAGACAGAGCUAAACAUCAGAAUAGAACGCAUAGUAAUGAAAAACCUUAUACAUGUAAAGUUGAUGGUUGUUCAAAACGAUACACAGAUCCAAGUUCUCUACGAAAACAUGUGAAAACUGUUCAUGGUGCUGAAGUUUAUGCAAAUAAAAAGCAUAAAGGUGAAAGUUGGAGUGAUCGACCUUGUGGUGGAUCUGGAUUUGGUGGGGGGCAUCUAUUUGGCAAUAGUAAUCCAGGUAAUAAUAACAAUAGUUAUCCUUCUCAAGAUAAACGAUCCAAUGGUUCAAUGCCUGGUACACGUGGAAGAUUUGGUCCUCGAGGAAUGAAUGAUAACGGCAACAUAUUUCAUCGUGGAGCCUUUAUAGAUCGAGAGCAACGCCCAUCUUCAUCGUCAAAUCCAAGAGAUGGUUGUUUAGCUUGUCUUACUAAUCCAGUUCAUGCAACUUCAAUACAUCCUGUAGAUAUCAAUAGCGAAAGCAUUAUCACAGAAUAUCCUAAUCAAGAUUUAUCGAAGUUGAAAAGAUCCAGUAUAGAAGAGUUUGGUAGAAAUACUUCACAUAAUAUGAAUUGGUAUUUACCUGAAACUGAUAAUCAAAAUGUACACUCUAAUGUUUUAAUGAUGACAUCAUCACCAGCAGUAUACAAUACAAGAAAUGAUUAUUUCCCUAGUUUGAAAUGUGAACAUUCCAUUUAUCCAAAUUAUUUUAAUUUUGCGCGAAAUAUGUUUCAUACUGAAGACACAAAUCAAAAUGAUCAUAAUAAUAACAAUAAUAAUUUGGCUUUAUCUUGGACAUCACCAACAACACCAUCACCAUGUGAUAACUUAUAUUUAAAUCAAAAAGUUAGUCCAUCUAUUACAUUACAGCCUUUAUCGACCAUAUCAAAUCCCAUUCAAUCAUUAUCAUUAUCAAUAGACAAUUCAAAUAACUUAACAAGUAUGAAACAGAAAAAUCUUAUCACAACUAUUAACGAAUCAGUGACUAUGAUAAGUAAUGAAAAUUCUGAUCAAACCAUACCAGUAUGUACUUAUGGAACAUCAGAUGAUUUGGUAAAAGAUUUCAAAAAAUCAUUAAAAACUGAAGAUAAUAAUUUAAUAUGGAAUUGGAAAUAUUCACAACCGUCAACUAAUGAAAUAAAUAAAGAUCAUUAUAAUAAAAAGCAUUCCAUUUUACAAUUUGAUAACCAAGAUAUAAAAAAGCCAUUACCUGAAUAUUUAUCAACAUCAUUAGAAUCUCAAUCAAAUACACAAUUUACAUUAAAUCUAAAUGAUCAAACAAUGAAUCAAUUAAAUAGAUCAAUGAAUAAUGAUCAUUUCAAUGAGAUCUCAACUAAUUUUAAUGAAAUAUAUCGUGAAAAUAAUUUACAAUUUAAUUUUCCUUUAAAAUGGAAAAUUGAAGAUACAUUAGCUUAUUCAAAAAAUCCGGAUAAUAGUAGUCAAAUAAACAAUAAUAAUAAUAAUAAUAAUAAUAAUGAAUUAAAUGAAAAAACUUCUCCUCAAUCAAAUCAAAAUGAAUGUAUUUCAAAUAUACCAUUGAAUAAUCUUUAUAUGGAAGAUGUGACAGAGCAGAAAUCUCAAUUAUGUUUAAUAGAAUGUUCAACUCGAUUAAGAUCAAUACAAGAUAUUUGUUCACCGAAUGAUAUUUGGGAUUCAGAGAGUGCGGCUGCAUCAUCCGGUAUUGGGUCAGGUGUAACAACUACCACAGCGUCAGAUAACAGUAAUCCCACCGCCCAGAAUCAUCACCAACAACAGCAACCGAAACACUCUCAUCAACAUCAAAACCGAACAAAGUCCAUAAAUUCAGACAAUAACUAUUCAAACCAAGAUAAUGUUAGUACUAUGGAUAAUGAUGAAGCAUUUGUUAAUAAUGAAAAUAUUAAAAGUGACCUUGGCUCUAUUGAUCGAUCCUCUUUAUUUGGGACACCAAGAACAGAUUCAAAUUCUACUGGUUGUUCAUAUGAAAGAACAUUUAAUCCACAAAUAACUCAUAAGAAUGAUAAUUUAUUACAUUCUUCAUGUACUUGUAUACAAAAGCAACAAAAAAGAGACUAUUCACAAUCGACUUGUUGUUAUCAUCGAAAUUAUCAUGAUCAAUUGGUAGAUGGGAAUAUAUCUUCUCAAUUAGAUUCAGAACAACUUAGUGCAACAAAUUCUCAAGUAAGCAGUGGAGUUGGUUCAAUGACUUCAUCAAACGCUGGUAGUGGUUGUAAUUGUACCGGUACAGGAUUAAACAAUACAAAUAUAAAUGUUUUAGAGAAUGCCAGUGGUAAUGUUAGUAGCAAUAUCUGUGUUAAUACAUUACCUAGAUUUGCUCAAGGUGACAAUUCAUCCAAAUUAACUAAUGAUUAUCCAAAUAAUUCACAAGUAUUCAAUGAAGAUGAUAAUAACAUAUCAAUAAUGUGGAGAAAGUAUUAUAAAUCAUAUGGUUAUUGUUCACCGUGUAACAACCAAAGUGAAACGUUUUAUCCUGAAAUAUUCAAUUCCGAGACGGAGUGUUAUUCAAAUACACCAGCAACUGUAUUAAAUGGUUUCUCUUCCACUGUUUUCCCUGUUCCACCUUCCAUUUCAACAUAUCAAUACCACCAUAAUCCUCAUCUUCAUCAUCAUCAUCAUCAUCAGCAGCAAUGUCAUUCACAAAAUAACCUUGACUUAGUUAUGUCAAGUUCAAAUCAUAAUAAUGAUGAAAUGCACUUUUCUCCUCACAGUUAUGUUCAUUCAAGUUCAUCUAAUUCAUCACCAUUCAAUUCAAAUCGUCCACAUUCUGUUGAAACAUUUUCGCAUAAUAAUAUAACGAACAAUCGUUUAUUUGACCAUAGACGAUAUACACAUACUUCAUUACCUACUAGAAAUAACAAUCAUGUUAAUGAAAUGAAUAAUACUAUAAACCAAACUAAUCCACAGCAUCCAUACAAUAUAUGUCUUUCUUCUAUAAAUAAUAAUAAUCAACGUGAUAUGAAUAGUAAUAUGAUUUUGAAGAGACAUUCUAUUACUGAUGAUCGAUGUCAUGUAAAUGGAACAUGGUCUACUAAUGCAAAUAAUGGUAAUGCUAAUCAUCAUUAUUGGUCACAUCCAUAUUAUACUAAUCAACAGUCUAUAGGAAAUCAAAUUCCUAAUUGGUUAAAUAAAUCUGGAUUAACAUCAUCAUCAUCGUCAACACUGACAUCGACAUCACUAACAGAAGCUAUGAGAACACAUAAUUCAUCAAAUAGUUUAUGUGUAACAUCAAGAUUUAAUGAUUCAAUAAACUAUUAUCAAGAAUAUCCUAAUUGUUGUCAACCAACAAUAAAUUCAUUUCAAAUAAAUCAAUCUUCAUUAUCCCCAAUUAUGUCUACAAAAACUUCUGCAAAACAACACUCUAAAUUAUCUUGGACAACAGAUGAUAAUUAUUCCGAAUAUCUUAAUUCAAAUCAUUCACAAAAUUCAUAUAUUCAAUCUAAUCGUUUGAUUAACAUUAAUCAUUCUAGUAAUAAGGACAAUUUAAUUGAAAUAGAUCAUAAUAAUCGAACAAAUAUUCAAGGGAAUUGUAAUUCUGAAUUAAAUUGUUGUUAUACAAAUUUUCAGAAUAAUACAACACAAUUGGAAAAUAUAAAUCAUAUAAAUACUAAUCCACUACUCAUUUCGUUAACUUCAUCUCAAUCAUUUUUGAUGAAUUCAUUCAAUACAACAUCCAUAACAACAACAACAACAUCUGAACAAACUCCUUAUUCAUCUUAUCAUUUAACCUCAACUUCAAAUAGAGUUCAUCAAAUAAAUCAAAGAGGUGUUGAACAAAUAAAUAAAAUGAACAAUUUACAUUCAUCCACAAUAGCUUCAGUGACAGCUUCUGCAACAACAACAACAACGACAACGUCUACAGUCAGUAGUUAUCAGAAUUUAAAAGAAAGAGAAGUAUACAAUUUCCCCGUACCAAAUUCUAUUCGUACAUAUAUUAAUCCAUUUCAUUCAUCUAGUUCAUUGUACAGUUCUUUCUUACAAUCAGUUUUUGAAGAACCAACAUACACAUCAUCAUCAUCAUCGUCAUCAUCAUCGACAUCAUCAUCACCAUCUCCAUCCUUAUUAUUAUCAUCGUCAUCAUCAACUCAUCUCGGUCAUUUUAAUCAAUUAUUUGUAAAUGCUGAUCCUAUAAGUAGUAAUCUAGUUGUCUGUAAUAUGUCAACUAUGGAUACAGAUUGUACACCAUUUGAUUCAUCUAAUUAAAAAUAUAUUGUAUAGUUAUUUCAAUAAAAAUGUGAUAAUACAGUAUAUCAAUUAUGAUCACAAUCAUUUUUUGUUGUUGUUGUUGAUAUAUUGAUAAAAACUGGUGAAAAAUGAAAUCAUCCUUCUAAUUCUUAUUUACUUUCUUUCAAUUUCACAUUUUUUUUGUUGCUGUGAGUUAUCAAUGAUAAAGUUUUAUGUUUUUGCAAACUAGUCAGUAUAGUUUGUAGCAUUUGUUGUUGUUGUUGUUGUUGUUGGUGGUGGUGGUGGUGGUUUAUUAUUAUUUCAUAUCCUUUAAUAGUAUCAGAAUUAAGUUAAAAAACUAUACUCUCUUUAAUAAUUGUAUAUUAUUAAAAUUGAAGCCGGUGUCAUUUCUACACCUUCAUUCAUACUAAUUGUAUUAUUCGUUAAAGGAAAUAAAAGCGCCAUUUUUUUCCGUUAUUUUUUAUUUCUAAGCAUUAUUUAUUACUUGUUUUUAUCACUCAUAGAUACUUUAUUAUCGUCUGAAAAUUAGCUUAUAAAUAAUUCAGGAGAACAAAAGGCAUAUGUAUUUAUUGAAUGCGUCGUUUAUUCUGUCGUUGUUGUUGUUGAUGUUCUUGUUUAUUUUACUUCUUUUUCCACCUACUUGUAUAUCCGGUCAUAGAAAUGUAUUGACUUUUGAGUCUUCAUUGUUUUCAUUUCAAAAUCUUCAUGAUUUUUCUAUUCUUUCUUCUUUCUUUUUUCAAAUGAAAACAUUUUGCUAAUUAUCUCUUAUAACUGAUUAUUUAAUUAAAUUAUUCAUUCAUCAAUUUAUUUUAAUCAUCCAUUCAAAAGUUUACAUUGAAAAUAACACAAGAAAACUAAAGUUUAAACAAACAAACUAACUAACUAACUAAUAACAAUCAAGAAAUAAUAGUUACUAUGCUGAAUUAAAACCAGAAUUUGUUUUCUUUUUGUCAUUCAAAUCAUCUGUAAUUAUAAAUUUAUUUUCCAAGUUUCAUAUUUAUGUUUUCUUUCU